AUGGAAGCCAUCAAAGAGACCUUCGCUCAAUGCAAAAAGGAAAAUCGAACUGCACUGGUGGGGUAUUUCACCGCUGGUUAUCCCACCGCAGGAGAGACCCCAGAUAUUAUGCUGGGUCUUCAAGCUGGUGGCGUUGACAUCAUCGAACUUGGACUUCCCUUUACCGACCCCAUUGCCGACGGACCGACGAUCCAAAAAUCAAACACUGUCGCUCUCGCCAAUGGCAUCACCGUAUCCUCUUCCCUCCAAUUCGUACGAGAUGCUCGGAAACGAGGUCUACGAGUUCCUGUCCUCUUCAUGGGCUACUACAACCCUCUCCUCCGCUACGGUGAAGAUCGUAUGUUGAAGGACUGCAGAGAGGCUGGAGUUAAUGGAUUCAUUAUGGUGGAUUUGCCUCCUGAAGAGGCAGUCCGAUUCAGAAAUAAUUGCACGACAGCCGGUCUGUCAUAUGUACCUCUGAUUGCGCCCGCAACGUCAGAAAAACGAAUGAAGCUCCUCUGCAAGAUCGCCGACUCUUUCAUCUACGUCGUGUCGAGAAUGGGCGUCACGGGAGCUACAGGCACAUUAAACACACAGUUGCCCGAACUGCUUGAAAGAGUGCAUCAAUAUUCCGGCGGCGUUCCUACUGCCGUUGGAUUCGGUGUGAGCACGAGAGAACAUUUCUUGAGUGUAUCGCAGAUCGCAGAAGGAGUGGUCAUUGGGAGCCAAAUCGUGACGACGUUGGGUCAUGCCAAGGAAGGUGAACGGGCAAAAGCUGUUCAAGAAUAUUGCGCGCAAAUCACGGGGAGAAAGGCUGGCGAUUUCAACGACACGAAUGGCAUGGCGAAAGCAGGGGGAACGGCCGAGACAAUGACCGCUGCGAAGGAACCCAACUCUGCGGCCAAUGGCUCUCGGGUGAAAGUGGACAAAGUCAUAACUGAUGCCGAUGUCCCUUCAGAACCUGGUCUUGCGGACCAACUUGAUGCUCUCAACUCGUCCACGAAUGGCACAGCCCCCAAUCCCGACGCCAUUCCUGCUCGAUUUGGUCAAUUUGGGGGCCAAUACGUCCCGGAGUCACUGAUGGACUGCCUGGCAGAACUCGAAGAAGGCUUCACAAAAGCCAAAAACGAUCCCGAAUUCUGGAAAGAAUACAGAUCCUACUACCCGUAUAUGGGCCGACCUUCGUCACUCCAUUUGGCUGGCCGCUUGACAGAACGAGUCGGCGGUGCUCAGAUCUACUUAAAACGAGAAGACUUGAACCACACGGGGAGUCAUAAGAUCAACAAUGCUCUAGGCCAGAUUCUCGUCGCGCAACGACUCGGCAAGACCCGGAUCAUCGCCGAGACCGGUGCGGGUCAACAUGGAGUGGCGACAGCGACCGUCUGCGCCAAAUUCGGCAUGGAGUGCGUGGUGUACAUGGGCGCCGAAGAUGUUCGUCGACAAGCUCUCAAUGUGUUCCGCAUGAAACUCCUGGGUGCGAAAGUGGUGUCCGUAGAGGCCGGAUCCCGCACACUGCGAGACGCAGUCAAUGAAGCUUUACGAGCCUGGGUGGUCGACCUCGACACGACCCACUACAUCAUUGGCUCAGCCAUUGGGCCUCAUCCAUUCCCCACCAUCGUCCGUACCUUCCAGAGCGUCAUUGGGCAGGAAACGAAGGAGCAGAUGAUAGAGCUCACCGGUAAAUUGCCGGAUACUGUGAUGGCCUGUGUCGGGGGCGGCUCCAAUGCCGUGGGCAUGUUUUUCCCUUUCAGCUCGGACCCGUCCGUGAAGUUGAUCGGCGUGGAAGCGGGUGGAGAAGGUGUCAAUACCGAAAAGCACUCGGCCACACUGUCGGGCGGAUCCAUUGGGGUCUUGCACGGCGUGAGGACGUAUGUCCUGCAAAACGAGCACGGUCAAAUCAGCGACACGCAUUCCAUCUCCGCCGGGCUCGACUAUCCUGGCGUUGGGCCGGAAUUGUCAAAUUGGAAAGACAACCAGCGGGCAAUAUUCAUGAAUGCAACGGAUGCUGAGGCGCUGAUUGGAUUCCGCGCCCUGAGUGAGACCGAGGGUAUCAUCCCUGCACUCGAGUCCAGCCAUGCUAUCUUUGGGGCAAUGGAGGUGGCCAAGAGGAUGAAGAAGAAUGAGACUCUGGUCAUUUGUCUCAGUGGGCGUGGUGAUAAGGAUGUCCAGAGCGUUGCAGAUGAGUUGCCCCGGUUGGGACCACAGAUUGGCUGGGACCUGAGGUUUUAA